AUUAAAAUAUCCUUAAGUAUCCUAGAUUUCAUGUAAUCUGAUUUUUAAUAACAAUAAAACUCAACUAAUGGAAUAUAUAGUUUAUGGUCAGGAAUAGAUGAUGAAGAAUCUAAAAGAGAAAAAAAGAAACCAUUGAAAUAAGCUCAUCCUUAAUUUUCAGAAAUGACAGAUAAAUAAAAAUAAAGAAAGCUAACUUUAAAUAAUAAUAAAAAGAAUAAGAGUAAGCAAAUAAAUAAAUGUGAAGGUUAAUUGCAAUCUGAGAAUUUUGAUUCACUUUAGGCGCAAAUUUAAGUAUGUUGAUAAUAUUAUUUUGUUAGCCCUUAAAAUAUGAAACGAAGCCAUAAUUUGUUCUUUUAGUAAAGCCUAAUAAUGAAGAAAUUUAAAUAGAUUUGGAAUAAUAUAUAGAUGAAUAAGUAACAUUUAAAUAAAAAUAAUAGUACGCAAUAUAAGAAAAUAUUUCUAAGGUAUGUUACUUUAAAUAAGAGAGUGAUUUUGGACACACAGAAUAUAAAUUAAGAUUAGUAGAUCCAGAUCCUAAAAGAUUAACUCAUUUGACAACCUAAAUGAAUUAUAGGUAAAUAGUGAAAAGAUAGUAUAUAUAGAUUAUCAGAAGGGAAUGGUAUGGCAUAUUAUAAAAUUGGAGUAGAAGAUAGUGGUAAUCCUUUAGGUUUAAAUAAAUGUGAUAUGCUUGGAUCAUUAAGGACUCUAUGUUCAAUGGCUUAAUCUUUAAAAGCAGAAUUAUUAGUUGUAGGAAUAAAUCAAGGGACGAAUGGAAAGACUUGUGAAGUUAUUGUAAGAAAAGGAUUAAAAGAUGGCAUCAAUUUAGAUAUUCGUAUUUUACUUUUAGGAGAGAGUGGAUCUGGAAAAACAUCUUUGUUAGGUGUAUUAAGUACAGGAUAGUUAGAUAAUGGAUAAGGAUUAGCUAGAAUGAAAUUUUUAAAAAAUAGAUCUGAAAUUACAUCAGGUAAAACUGAAAGAGUUUCUCAUACAGUUAUAGGCUUUGAUAGUGAAGGAAAAAUUAUGAAUCAUUAAAAUUAAUUGAAUUUCAGUCCUACUUGUAUGGUUGAAAAAUUAGUAGAUUUAUCAACUAAAUUAAUUACUUUUAUUGAUAUGGGAGGUACUAAAAGAGCUCAUAAUUAAAUGAUUUAAAUUGUCAAUUCUUAAUUCCCUGAUUAUGCUUUACUUACUAUUUCAUCAUUAUAAUUAAUUGGAAAACCUACAAUGGAUUUUCUUAAAUUGAUAUAAAUAUAAUAAAUACCUUUUAUGAUUGCUAUUACACAUGUUGAUUAAUUUGAAGAAUAUUCUUAUAUGGAUAAAGUUGAAUAGUUAAAAGAUAUGAUAAAAAGCUUAUAAAUUUAAAGUGUUCCUAUUGUUGUCAGAUCUGAAGAAGAUGUUGUUUUAUUUAGUAAAUAGAUAUUGAGCAAAACCUUAAUUCCUAUCUUUUUAAUCUCAAACUUAAAAUAAAGAACUUUAGAUUAUUUUAUUAAAUUUUUGAAUUUAUUACCUUCAACUAAUGAAUUAACUAAUAAUUCAAAUUUAGAUUCAGAAUAUUGUAUUCAUAAUGUUUUUGAAAUUAAUAAUCAGAAAGUCUUAGGUGGUACUGUUUUAAAGGGAGUAAUUAGAGUCAAAUAAAUAUUAUAAAUGGGUCCUGAUAAACAUGGUAGAUUUUUUCCUAUAUAAAUAGAAGAAAUAUAAUGUAAUAGAGUUUAAGUAAAAAAUAUAUCAUUUUGUUUAUAGGUUAAAUCAGUUUAGUGUGGAUAAAUAUGUACUAUAAGGUUUAAAUAAGGAACAUUAACUUAAUAAUUUGGAUCUGAUUAAAAUCCAGUUAGAAGAGGAAUGGUUCUUAUAGAUAGCAAAAGUAAUCCAUAAGCAGCAUGGGAUUUCUUAGCUGAAAUAUGGUUAUUUGAUGAUCAAAAAGAAGCAAAAAAAAUAGCUGCUAGUUUUGAACCAGUCAUUAACACUUAAUGUACUAGGUAUUAAUAAAUUUAUAUUAGAUAAAUUUGUAAAAUUAUAAGAGAAGAACAACUUCAAUUUGAACAACUUAAAUUGAGAAAAAAGUAGUCUAAAUCUAUUGAUGAGUCAUCAAGAUAGAAUUAGGAUGAAUAAUAAUUAAGAGGACCCUAUAGAAAAUAGAGUGAAUAAAUUAAAAAGGCAAGUAGUUCUAGCAAUUUAAAUAAAUCAUAUAGAAGUCCAAGAAGGAAAAGUAGUUAAAUCAAAGAGUCAUUUGUUGAUGAAGAUUCUAAAAAAAUAGAUCUAUUUGUUAUUAAUGAAAAAAAUGACAAACCUUAAGAAUUUAUUGAGCUCUAGCCUAAAUAACCAAAUUUUAUUAGAUUAAAAUUCAAAUAUUUUCCUGAGUACAUCACAAAAGGUAUGAAACUUAUAAUUAAUGAUAAUGGACUCUAAGCUUGGGGAUUCAUAAAAUAUAUAAAUUAUUGA